AUGGCAUCGGCAAUGAAAUUCACCUACUAUACCCGGGUUGCCUCGAAAGAUCAACCAUCGAAUGGGCAUAAACCAUUGGCACCGACAAACUCUCUGAAUCAUCUCGAGGAUUUCAAGCGUCGCUUCCGUCGUAGCGGCUCGUUGGGAAUCCCGUUUGUGCCCGAGCAAGAUGCAAAGCAGUUAAAGAAAGAGCUCUCGAUUCGUGAGGUGGACGAGGGUCAACCGGUGCUGACAGUGAUCGUGAAAACGCCAAAAAAUCCGAAAGCAAUCGCUGCAAUGCUUGCCACAAUGCCGGAUGAUGUCUCGGUGAAGCAUAUUGAAACACGAGACGCGAAAGAGAAUCAAAACACUUUGGACACUUUGAUAGAGUUGGAGUUGGACUAUGGGAUGGACAGUGAGCAGGCGAUGAAAUUGAUGCGUUUGAAUGGGUUGAAUGUGAACGAGGUUUCGUUCUCGAUUCAACCCCCACAAACCGUCAACGAGAAACUCGUUGAACCUGGCUCGAAUGAUGCAAUCACUGGUUGCGAGUGGUUUCCAAAACACAUCAAGGACCUAGAUAUUUGUGCAAAACGAGUGAUCAUGUAUGGAGCUGGACUGGACGCUGAUCAUCCAGGUUUCAAAGAUCAAGAUUAUCGCCGGCGACGACUGAUGUUCGCUGAGGUGGCGAUGGAGCAUAAGCACGGUGAGGCGAUUCCCCGGAUCGAGUACACAGAAAGCGAGAGAAAAACAUGGGGAGUCAUCUAUAGAAAACUUCGAGAACUACAUAAAAAAUACGCAUGUCAAGAGUUCUUGGAUAAUUUCGAACUUCUGGAACGUCAUUGUGGUUACUCGGAGAACAACGUGCCCCAACUCGAAGAUAUAAGCAAAUUUUUGAGGGCUAAAACAGGUUUCCGAGUAAGACCAGUGGCUGGGUAUCUCUCGGCUCGGGAUUUUCUGGCUGGUUUAGCGUAUCGUGUUUUCUUUUGUACUCAAUAUGUGCGACAUCAUGCUGAUCCAUUUUAUACGCCUGAACCAGACACCGUUCACGAGUUGAUGGGUCACAUGGCUUUGUUCGCCGAUCCGGACUUUGCGCAAUUCAGUCACGAGAUCGGUUUAGCUUCACUGGGAGCCUCGGAGGAUGAUCUCAACAAAUUGGCUACGUUGUAUUUCUUCUCGAUUGAGUUUGGUUUAUCGUGCGACUCGCACACGGACACAAUCGACACGACUGGCAAAGAGAAUCACAAGAAACAACCAUAUAAAGUAUAUGGAGCUGGGUUGUUGAGUAGUGCUGGGGAGUUGCAGCAUGCCAUCGAGGGUGAGCCAACCGUACUCCGUUUUGAUCCAGAUCGAGUCGUUCAACAGGAAUGCCUCAUCACAACUUUUCAAACCGCUUAUUUCUAUACGAGAAAUUUUGAAGAAGCUCAGCAAAAACUGAGAAUGUUCACGAACAAUAUGAAGCGACCUUUUGUCGUGCGUUACAAUGCUUACACGGAGAGCGUUGAGGUGUUGAACAAUCAACGCUCGCUGAUGUUGGCGGUGAACUCUCUGAGAAGUGAUAUCAAUCUAUUGGCCAGUGCUCUCCACUAUACACUU